AUGGAAGUUAAACACGGAGGCAAGUGCCCGCCCGGAAGGUUCGGGCGUAACUGUCGUCUCACGUGCCAGUGCCAGGACAACACGGACUGUGAUGACGUCACGGGCAGCUGUCCACGAGGAUGUCGGGAAGGCUGGUCCGGGCCCAGCUGUCAGAGAGAAAAUGUGGUUCUGGGAAUGCCCACUGACAUGAAGACAUCUGAUUGGUCAAAAGGAGCUCGUGCCGUCGACGGAGACCUUGGCACAUGUGUGACGUCAUCCAGUAACCGAACUGGAUGGUGGAGAGUGGACAUGCUGGCCUCAAGGCCUGUCUUCUUUAUGGAGAUUUUCUUCGCCAAUCAGACGGCAAGACCAGGGAGAAUCCGUGUACACGUCAGCGAUUAUGUGGACACAUUUUGGGGGAAACCCUGCACCAGAAUUCCUGCGUCACACAAGAGGUCAAAGUACAGCUGUGACUUGCCAUCAGAGGGACGCUACUUUGGCCUCAUCAAUAAAUUAGGACAGAUAACCCUCUGCGAAGUUUUCGUCUUUGUGUGUACUCCUUACACGUUUGGCGUGGACUGCUCUCAAGAGUGCUCAUGCACUGACCCGACAGAGCUGUGUAACGCUAUCACGGGGACGUGCGUGUCCGGCUGUAUGGACGGCUGGAGCGGGAGCUCAUGCACGAAACCAUGCAACGGACGCUAUGGCCGGAAGUGCCGACAUGCUUGCGGCCAUUGCUACGGCAACCAGCUUUGUGACCACGUGACCGGUAUCUGUGCCAGCGGCUGUGCCCCUGGGUGGACAGGCGUUCGCUGCAAACAAGAGUGUGGCCACGGCACAUAUGGCGUGGACUGCCGGCAUAGAUGUCACCACUGCUUGGACAACGUCACCUGUCUACCUCAGACUGGAGUUUGUCCUUGGAGGUGUGAGCCCGGCUGGACAGGAGACAGGUGCGACACAGAGUGCAGCCCAGGGAGGUACGGGCAGAGUUGUGAGUUCCCGUGCGGCCAGUGCUAUGAGGGGUCAGUUUGUGACAGGAGAGAGGGAAUCUGUCCUAUAGGCUGUGAGCCUGGAUAUGAGGGCCUGUUCUGUACCAAAGUCUGCUCCUCUGGCCUUUGGGGUCCCAACUGCCGGUAUAGCUGUGGUCAGUGCGCCAACUACUCCUGUGACCGGGUCACUGGACAUUGUGACGUCAUGGGCUGUCAGCACGGCUGGAUGGGUUCACGCUGUGACGCAAAGUGUCCGGCGGGACUUUACGGCCGGAACUGCGCCCACAUGUGUGGUCAUUGCCUCGGACAGUGUGACGUCAUCCUGGGGCGGUGUCCGUCUGACUGCAAGCCUGGCUGGCAGGGAUCCCAGUGCCUUGAUAAAUGUGCCAACGACACGUUUGGCCCACACUGCACCACCGCCUGUGGCUAAUGCGCCAAUGGCGCCCCCUGCCAUCACGUGACCGGCCACUGCCCACAGGGCUGCUCACAAGGCUACGAGACGCCCUUCUGCAACACGCGCCGAGACGAAUUGACCAAUCCGCUGGCCCGUCCCAACCUGUUGACGCUGCUGAUUGGCUGUAUGUCCGUGGUGGUGUGCAGCAUCUGUGGCGUGAUGCUGUGCCUGGUGCUCCGACGGCGCCAAGAUACGGCUGCCACGUCUGCUACUAGUAUGGUGCAGAAGCCAGACAGUCCCGUGCGACAGACGGUUGUAUGACGUAUGGAGGACGUUAUGUCGUUACGAAUAAUACAAUUAUCAUUGUUAAUAUUAUGAUUAUUAUGAUUAUUAUGAUAGCCAUUAUUAUUGUUAUUGCUAAU